CCGGCACCCCCAGCCCGCGGGGCCCCCCCACCUCCGGGGACCGACCCGCGGCGGCCCCGGUGCCCCGGGAUGUGGCUGAGCACCCCUGCCCCGGGAUGUCCGUGCGGCCCCGGGAUGCGCCGGGCACCGCUGACCCGGGAUGUCCACGUGCCCCCGGGAUGCCCCGGGGUGCCCCGGGACGUCCCCAGGGACGCGACCCGCGGUGGCCCCGGUGCUCCCGGGAUGUCCUGCUGACCCGGGAUGCCCCGUGUGUUCCCAGCGUGUCCCCAGGCACCUCUGCCCCGGGAUAUCCCAGUGCUCCCGGGAUGCCCCGGGGUGCCCCGGGAUGCUCUAAGCAGGCUUCAGCCUAGGGAUGUCCCAGGCACCGCUGUCCUGGCAUGUCCCUUUAUGUCCCCAAGCUGUCCCUGGACACCCCUGGUCCACAGCUGCCCUGGCUGCUCCCUGCCCACCCAGCCCCAUCCUCCUCCAGCCCUGGCAGACCCACAGAUGGCUCCCAGGGGACUGGGGUGACAAGCUAGGAGAAGUCACCGUGGUGACCUGCCUAGUCCUGGCACGUGUUCCAUGGGGACAGGGAUGGGCACUGACCCCACGGCCACCCUGCACUGCCACUCACUGUCCCUCAGGCCGGUGGGCAUCGCACACAGGAGUCCCCUGCAGUUCUGGGGCUGGUGGUGGCCAAAAGCCCCGGAAAUGGGGAGCAGAGGCUCCAGGGGGUGACCGUGGGCCUCCCCCCACUGGUGGCGUCCCCGUGGCCCAGGUGCAGGAGUGGAACAUGGAGGCUCCCCACCUGAUGCCGCUGCAGCCGCCGCUGCUGCCGGAGCGGGCGCACGUGCGGGAGGCGCAGCUGCACUCCGCAGAGGCCUCGCUCUGGACCGUGGUGGCCACGGUGCAGGCCAUGGAGAGGAAGAUCGACCUGCUGGCCACCCGCCUGCUCAGCCUGGAGGGACGCUCUGGCACGGCCGAGAAGAAGCUCCUGGACUGCGAGAAGACGGCCAUGGAAUUCGGGAACCAGCUGGAGAGCAAGUGGGCCGUGUUGGGCACCCUCAUCCAGGAGUAUGGGCUGCUCCAGCGGCGCCUGGAGAACGUGGAGAACCUCCUGAAGAACAGGAAUUUCUGGGUGCUGCGGCUGCCCCCUGGCCCCCGGGGCGAGGUCCCCAAGGUGCCAGUGACAUUUGUUGACAUUGCCGUCUACUUCUCAGCGGAGGAGUGGAAGAACCUGGAGGAGUGGCAGAAAGAGCUGUACAACAACCUGGUGAAGGAGAACUACGAGGCUUUGCUGUCCCUGGAUGGGGCCCUCUCCAGGAGCGAGGCACAGCCCCGCAGCGAGCGCGGGGACGGACCCUGUGUCCCUGAGCAGCGCGAGCUGGAGCAGAGGGAGCUGCCCCCGGACGCCUGCGCGGAGUCGCUGAUCUCCACCUCCGACAUCCUGUCCCGGAUCAAGCAGGAGGUGGCCUUCGUGGGGGAGCAGCAGUUCCCGGAGGAGCGGGGGAUGCCCCCGGACCCCUGCGCAGGCGCGGACGCCCUGAUCACCGCGCACGACUUCUUGUCGUGGAUCAAGCAGGAGGAGGAGCCCUGUGUCCGGGAGCCCUGGGAGCUGCCCGAGAGGGAGAUGCUGCCCCCGGGGCCCGGUCCUGCCGGCGAGGGGCUGCUGGUGAAGACGGAGGAGCGGUGCCCCCACGCCGAGCCCCCCGAGGAGGUGGGGCUGCCGGGCGGCUCCGGGGAGCUGCUCUUCCCCGCCGGGGGCUUCGGGACCCCCGAGGGACAGGCGGCGGUGCCGGCGGCGGUGGCUCUGCCCGCGCAGCACAGACUGGGCAAAGCUCCGGGCCCCGAGGCGGGCCCGGGGGCCGAUGCCGGGGGCGUCCCCGCGGCGCCGCCGGGCCCCGCCGAGGAGCGGCCGCACGGCUGCGCCGAGUGCGGGAAGAGCUUCAGCGGCAAGAAGAGCCUGCGGAUCCACCAGCGCAGCCACGCGGCCGAGCGGCCCUACCCGUGCGCCGAGUGCGGCAAGAGCUUCAAUUGCCACUCGGGGCUGGUGCGGCACCAGAUGAUCCACCGCGGAGAGCGGCCCUACAAGUGCUCCGAGUGCGGGAAGUGCUACAGCCGCAAGGAGCACCUGCAGAACCACCAGCGGCUGCACACCGGGGAGCGCCCCUUCGCCUGCGCCCAGUGCGGCAAGAGCUUCAUCCGCAAGCAGAACCUGCUCAAGCACCAGCGCAUCCACACCGGCGAGCGCCCGUACCAGUGCCCCGCCUGCGGCCGCAGCUUCCGCUACAAGGAGUCGCUCAAGGACCACCAGCGGGUCCACGGCGCCGAGGCGGGGCCGCCGCCGCUGCCGCCGCCCGGGAUCCUGCCCCCCGGGGAUUAGGGCCGCCCCGCCGCGGACUGGCACCCCCGGGACGGGCACGGCCCCCGGCUACGCAGCUUCCGACCAAACCGGGGCGGGGGGCGCGGGGAGCCCCGGGGGGAGGAGGACGAGCCCCGGGUCCCCCGCCGCGGACGGACACUUCACCCCCAGCGCUCCCCCCACGGACGAUGUCGCCGCACGGGGUGGGGGCAGCCCCCCGCCGUGUCCCCCGCGCCACCCCCCGCCUGCCGCUCUGUCCCCUCGCCCCCGCUGCUUAUUUUUACUGCCCCCCUCCC